AUGGUGCCAGGCGAUCGUAAAACCCUCGUGUCCUGGUUGCCAGAUGUGCUCCUCCUCAUCGGCUUCCCCAUCCUCGCCUACUUCUCCGUCCGCGAAGUGCUCAAACGUCUCGAUCCCGACGCUGGCGCCAAAGCCGAAGCCCAGCAAAAAGCCCUAGCAGCGAGCAACCGCCUCCAGUCCAUCUUCUCCAACCACGACCGAGAUGACGACGACGACGAUGAACCCCGUGAUCAAGACGAAUAUGGCGACGAUGACGCCGCAUACCGGGAAGACAGAAGAGAGCCAUUGGUCCUCACACCCAUGGAACAAACAAUAGCCAUGGAAGUUGUGACCCCCAACGAGAUCCCCGUGACAUUCCAGGACAUUGGCGGUCUAGACGGAAUCAUCGAGGAGUUGCGGGAAAGCGUCAUCUACCCGUUGACAAUGCCGCACCUCUACUCCUCCCACUCCAGCCUCCUCACCGCACCAUCAGGAGUACUAUUAUACGGCCCACCCGGCUGCGGCAAGACCAUGCUCGCCAAAGCCCUAGCGCGAGAGAGCGGCGCAAGGUUCAUCAACCUCCAUAUCUCCACGUUAACGGAGAAAUGGUAUGGCGAUAGCAAUAAACUCGUCGCUGCUGUAUUUAGUCUAGCCCGGAAACUCCAGCCGACGAUCGUGUUUAUUGAUGAGAUUGACGCUGUGUUGGGACAGAGGAGGUCGGGGGAGCAUGAGGCGAGCGGUAUGGUUAAAGCAGAGUUUAUGACGCAUUGGGAUGGUUUGGCCUCGAGUACACGUGAGGGAGGGAGUCAGCGGAUCUGUAUCCUGGGCGCUACCAAUCGAAUCCAAGACAUCGAUGAGGCUAUCCUGAGACGCAUGCCCAAGAAGUUUCCCGUGGGAUUGCCGAAUGCGGGGCAGAGGCGCUCGAUCUUUGAGUUGACGUUGCGGGAGACGAAGGUCGACCGGGGUGUGGGACAGGGUGGGAGAAAGAAGGCAUUUGACGUCGAUAUGUUGGUCAAGUUGAGCGCGGGCAUGAGUGGGAGUGAUAUCAAGGAGGCUUGUCGAGAUGCUGCUAUGGUGCCGGUACGGGAGUACAUCAAGAUGCAAUCGAGAGAAGGGCGGAGUAUGAGGGGUAUCAGGAGUGAGAAUGUGAGGGGUCUGCAGACGGAGGAUUUCUUUGGGAUGAGGGGGAGUGUUGGGGUGGGGAAUGGGCUGCAGAGAAGGAGGACGGGAGAGGUAGAAGAUGAGGAUAAGAUGCUGGGGACUGGGAGUGGGAGUUCGAAGGGCCAGCAGGAAGAGGAGGAGGAUGAGUGGAGGGAUGUGGAGGACCCCGAUGAAGUGGACGUGGAGGAUGUGAGACGGUGA